UUAACAAUUCCUUUUGUGUCAUCCAAUCUAAUAAAUCAAUUUCCCUUUCAAUUUAAUUUAUUAAAUUGUUAUAAAAGAAAACCAUAAUGGAUGCGAAUAAGGAACGACUUUUUAUGGACCAAACGGUAAUUCGUUCCGUAAGUAAGUUAUUAGGAAAGAUGAAAGGCGAAGUAUUUAAUGAGGCAGAUCAAAAAGAUAAAUUAGAAAUGCCUCUAUUUUGUAUCAAAAUCGCAAUGAGAUCGAUCGCAAUCGUCUUAUGUGAAUGUUUGGAUAAAGUUUCGAUUCUUCGAAUCAUUACUCAAGAACAAAUCGAACAAGAAUGGUUGGAACCGAUCGUUUAUAAAUCGCUAGAAGAAAAAUAUGGAUCGCAAGAGGAAAAUUUUGCCGUUCGUGAAUUUACUAAUAAAAAAAAACUUGCCAGAGACUUAACUUUUAUAGCGAAAUUAUUAAACGAUAGCAUCGAUGAUGUUCUUCGCGGGGGCGAUGUGACGAAAUUAAUAACAAGUUUAGAUGUUACUUUAAAGGAAAUUAAAGAAGCCAACGAUCUGCUAGAGGAAUAUGGACAAAAUAAAAAGUUAUUAAAAAAAUUAGCGUAUGACAUGAGGAAAAGUGCGUCGAGAAAUCGAGAAAUUUUAAACAAAAAAUGUGACGAUGCUUAUAAAGUUCAUGAAUUGUAUGAACAUACAGUUAGAUUAGGAAUUGUUCAGUAUAAAUACGUUGAUAAAUAUGAAAGUAAUCGAACUUAUUUGGGUGUUUAUAUAAAUGAUCGCGCUAUAAACCAACACACAGAUGUCAUAAAUGGUAAUCAAACGAAACUAGAACUUGAGAAUCGAAUUAAUCAUGAAGUCGCUAAUUAUAUCGAAGUUACUAUGACCGAUAUGCAACAACAAAUGGAAUAUUGGAGUACAAGAUUUGAUGAAGAUGUUGAUCGAUUGGAAAAGGCCAAGUUUGAAUUAUCUGUCGCAAAGGAAAAGUUGGAAGUUGAUUUUGCUAGUACAACAAAUACUUACGCAGAAAGACAAAAGGAUAUUGCGGAAUGGGUGGAAUUCAGGGAUAAGUUACGAGCAGAAGAAGAAUUGGAGAAAAAAAUGAAUUGGGCUGCUGUUAAAAUUCAAGCGUGGUGGAGAGGAGUUAUGGUAAGGAAACAUUUAGGACCUUUCAAAAAAGGAAAGAAAGGGAAAGAUAAAGGCAAAAAGGGUAAAGGUGGCAAAAAGAAAUAAUCGUUUGUAUAAACAGAAUUUAAACGAAAAAUAAAUCGAAUUAAAUGAUUGGUUUUGUAGAA